AUGGCCACCGAGCCGGAGCCAGAGAAAACCGCCCAGCCGCAGAAAGAAGACGAGGAAGAAGCAGAAGGAGGAGGAGGAGCGGCCAAGCCGGGCCCCCGCGCCCUCCGCCUGCAAGAGAUCUACGCGGCCUCGCUGGCCCGCACGCUCGACAAGCUCUCGUACGACAACGUGGCACCCUGCUACCCGACGAUUGCGCGGCGCGCGUCCCCCGUGCUGCGCCAGGUGCAGGCCCAGAUGGUCGAGCGGCUGCGCGACAAGUGCGAGAGGGAGUUUGACGCCAUCCUCGGCGCGAGGCGCGUGGUGCGCAAGAUGAACGAGCUCGAGGGGCUGGUUGCCGACGCGGAGGCGCGGAGAAAGCUGCACGGCGAGGAGGACCUCCCCACGCCGGCGCAUUUGCUAUCGCCCGAAGAGGUGCUGCGGGCGCAUUUAGGUCCCCGGCUCGCGGAGCAGAGGGGCUUGCUCAAUGCCAGGCUGCAGACGACACAGGCGCAGAACGGGCUGCUGGCGGACCAUGUCAAGGCGCAGAGGGAGGAGAUCGACGCCUUGCUGGGGAAGCUGGAUGCCGCGGUGGAGGAUGUGCGGUCUGCGAAUGGCGUACUGGGCGGUGUUGUGGGCGAGCUGGCCGGGGAGGCGAGGGGAAUCGAUGCCGACAUGGGCGACGCCUCUGUUUCAUGA